AUGGCUGUAUCCCAGGUGCGAUGGGGCGCCGUGCUGCUCGUCUUGGGCAUCGUGCUUGUCAUGAUGCCGGGAAAGGCGGCGGCAUUUGGGGCCGGCAACAUCCCAUCCAUCUCCCAGGUUGAGGGCCACAACUGGCGACAUGGAGAUAUUGAGGAUAUGCUUCAGACUCUCGUGUUUUUGAAAGGAAAGAAAUGGUCAUCUAAGAACAUUUCACGAGUCUACUUCGGGAACUGGCUCCGUGACUACUCCCAAGCUGUCGAUGUAGGAAGUCUGAAAGGAGUCAACGCGGAAACUGUGAGAAUCUUGGUCUGGGUCCUGUCGUUCCUCUCGUUUGGUUAUGCCACGGCAGAGUUUGAAGUGACUGCCGAUCGUCUCGGAGUGUACCGACCUGAGGAACAUAUUGAUAAUCCCCUCGGCUAUGGCGACGGCAAAGACGCGCGCGAGUUUGACCCUCGCCUUCGCGGCCCCGUUGAUCCUCGCGAGGUUGAAGUGGAUCCCCGAACCGGCAUGAAGAACUACAUCGCCAACGAGAGCGGCGGCUGGGCUACCAGUGUGGGCUAUCUCAGGUUCAGCUUUGCUCGUUGCAUUCACUUUGGUCGUCUUUACACGAGCGGCAGCCGGCCAGGCAAGGAAGAGGAUCUCUGCGAGGCUUUGAGGUGUCUAGGACAGGCGUUGCACUGCAUGGAGGACUUCUCGGCACACUCCAACUAUUGUGAGCUGGCUUUACGAGAGCUUGGUCACCACGAUGUAUACCCUCACUGCGGUACUUCGACUGAAAUCAACUUGAAUGGCCGUCGGGUUUAUCCUCUCGUCACUGGCACAUUUGGAGCUGUCGACUUUUUGCAUUCGGUGAUUGGCGAGGCCACGGACAAUUUGACCCAGUCUGAAGUUGACGAGAUGAACGAAGCUCUGAUUUCGGCACAAAACAUAACAAAGCCUGGCGCAGGUGAUGGGAGCCGGUCGCUGUUCGGGUCCUCUGGAGACAGUGCCAAUGGUUUCAUAUCACUUAUUGACAAACUUCCCGGAGUUGGCAACGGAUUUGCUAGCGAAGCCAGAGCUCUUCAAGCUGAGUCGGCAGCUCAGGAUCAGCAGAACCAAACACUCAGCCGGGCCAACCAAGUCCCUGGAAUGAGUCCUGAUUUCGAUGCUGUCGCAACAGCGAAGAAGAUUUAUCCUAUCCUUGCUUUCCGGGACAAGAUAGUUAGGGCCAUCAGCGACACUAUCUCCAAGAUUCCCGGCAUGGAGAAGCUCCUCGAACGUAUCGGUGAAACUCUCACUGCGUUCGUUCUUGGUCUUCUGGCGCCGUUUGUGCGCCCUAUCAUCAAUGGAGUGUCCAAGGUUUUGAAAGACGGUUCGUCUGGUGUGAUCGCCAGCUCUUCAAACUCCCAGCUUGAGCCAUGGAAGGAUCCAUUAUGCUCUAACCCGACGCAUUCCAUGCUGAGCAAAGACCACUUCACAAACGUGCUGAACUCAUGUGCUGGUCGCGUUGCGUCGACGGUGCUUCAAUACGUUGUCCCACGUGUCCUUUUCGCAUGGGAGAACCCGGGGGUGCCUGUGGAUGAGUUGGUCAACGAUGUCAUCCGAGCCUUUCACCAUCCCGCAGCUCGCAACGAACAGAUCGAUAUUCAAAAACAGAUGUUCGACACCGUAAGGAACUGGUCCAAUGAGUCUCACCAUGUCAUCCGCCUCCUGUCAUCGGAGAGUGUCAAAGCGGGCAAGAACCACGUACUCGCCAAUGGCCAAACAGCGAACAAGUCCCUCGGUGGCCACGACGGGCACGCUCAUGGUCCUACGGGAUUCCCCGCAGCCGCGAUGCGUGAGCUGGGAGGACAUGGCAAAGUCUCAGGCUCUCUCUGGUCCCAGGUCAAGACCCGCGAUAUGGGUGCCAUGAGCAGCGGGCCUUCAGGAGCGGCAGCGCCCCCGGAGCCCGACUACUCGACCCGGCCGCCGGCAGAUACUCAGCCUUCAUAUAACCAGCCGGCACCUCCUGCGACGUAUGGCUACGGUCAGCCCAGCCAGCCGCAAUCAUAUGGACAACCCCAGGGAUACCAGCCCCAGCACCCGCAGCACCUGCAACACCCUCCCCAGCCUACAUAUGGAAGCGCUCCAUACGGAGGGCAACCGCCGUACCCACAGCAACCUCCCUACGGGCAGCAGCCUCCUUAUCAGCAGCAACCUCCAUACCAACAAGCGCCGGCACCCUACGGUCAGUCGUCACCAUACCCACCACAGCAACCAUACCCGCAGCAGUCGCCAUAUCCUCAGCAGCCUCCAUACGGCCAGCAACCGCCGUACCAACAGCAGCCCCCUCAUGGACACCAGGGCGGUUGGGGGCAGUCUGGCGAAAAUGUCCCCUUUAGCAAGGAGCUCGAAGUGUUGUUACAGCCGGGGCUAUCAUCUUCUCCUGCCUCUGGGAUUCUGCGCCUCGGUCCUGCGGAUGUCGCGUAUCUCCUUGGUGCCGAGACUGCCGAGCCCACCCUCGCUCCGGCGCUCCCAGCCGCCGAGACGCACGACGAGGCAGGUGGCAUUGUCGCCGUCGGCCGAAACCUCGGUGGCGUAGUCUACGACGUCGCGGCCACCCUGCUCAGGCGUCUUGGCCUCCUUGACGACGUCGACAAUCUCCUGGUCCGACAGCGAGCCCGAGACGCCGUCGCUGACCAGGACGAGAAAGCUGUACUCGGCGGGGCCCAUCUCUGUGCGGCACAGCUCGGGCUCGGCCGAGACGCCGACGCGCUUGCUCUGCAGGUCGCCAAAGGCGCGCGAGUUGGCGAGGCCGCUGAAGCGCUCCUCGCCGAACGAGUCGGUAGCGACGCUGGAGCCGAGGAAGCGGCUCAGGCGCCGGGCCUCGGCGGGCGACGACGGGUGGUGGUCCGAGGUCAAGGCGCGGGCGAGGCCCGUGGCCGUCUCGCAGAGCAGUGCGCGCGUGUCGCCGACGUGGGCCACCAAGAGGGUGCUGCUGGCCGAAGGCUGCCAGAAGGGGGCCGGCGUAGGGGUCGAGAUGAGGGCGACCGAGGCCGUCGAGCCGCCCUUGAAGCGCGUGGGACCGCCGAUGCGGUGUCGGCGUCCCGAGCUGGGCGCCACAUGGUGAGGCGCGCCGAGGACCUCAUCGUUGUUCACGGGCGACUCGGCGAGCUUGGGAUCAUCCGCAUCCGGCUUGCGGGCUUGGGCUGUGAUGAAGUCUAG